UUGUUUAUUGAUAGUGAUAUCAUGAUAUACCUACAUAAUUGUACUUAGUGGUUAGAUCCUCUUUGAUUGUACUACAACUACUACUGCAUAAUAUGUUAUUCUAUAAAAUAUUUAAAAACUACGUAUUGUUAUUGUCAUCGAUGUUGUGAUAGUGAUCUCAUUCAUACACUUCACAGCCAUUUAAGUGACGUACUGAUUUUAUCAUUAUUUUAAAUACUGGUGCUAAAUUAUAUUUUUAUGUUUUACUACCUGUUUCUUUGAUAAAAAUAGCAAAUUAAAUUUAUUCGAUAUAAAUAGUUGUUAUUCGUUCGUGUGAAAGAUGCAGAAAGAGCACAGGGACAGAAUACAGAUGAAUUUCAGCUCACUUGUAGAGCAAACAGACUUGGACCUUAUGGUCACUGCUCUGUAUGAAAAAGGAGUCUUCUCUGAACUCAUGAUAGAGCCCUACAAAGAUAAUAGUAAAGAUGCCCGAAUGCGCAAACGACUAUUAUAUAUAGAUAUAACACGGCGAGGACCUGAAGCAUUCUGCAACCUGUUGGAUGCACUCUCAGAGAAUGGCUACUGGGAUUUGGUGCGAGAUCUUGACCCAAGCAGCUCUCUGCACGCCAGGAACUCCAGACCUGCACCCAGCUUUUCAGGAGAGAGUAAAUUUUACAGUUUAUCUAAACUAAAGAAAACUGGAAAAGAACCACAUGAUCCCAACAAAAAUCUUGCUCAACACAGUUCAUCCAGUUACAUUGAUAAAAGGAAUACUACCUUAAACAAAGAGACAAAUGGCAACGCCGAACGUGAACUCCAUGUGAAAGGCGUGGUCAACCUGAAUCAAAAUUCUGAAAUUCCACAUUUCAAUGUAAUCAAAUCCACAAAAUUUGUUGAAGAUAAUGAGAGUGACAUUAAACUGUACCGCACUCGUGGGCGCAACCGCGGCGUGCUGGUGCUGUUCAGCUACGUGGCGUUCCAGUUCGGCAUCGAGGACUACCGGCACGGUGCAUGCAAUGACGCGGUCAACCUACGCUACCUCUUCACGGAGCUCGGCUUUAAAGUGCUGUCUUACAGCGACCUUGAUUUAACAGAGACACAGCAUGCACUGAGCAAACUGCGCGAAGGUAUGUGCGGUGAGGGGCCCGAGACUGUAUUCGUCGUAUUUUCGUCGCACGGCUACGCGCGUUCGUGCUCUAGUGACACGGACCUGCGCUGUUCCGACGGAGGGCUAAUCUCGCGGUCAUCCAUCAUCAACUACUUCAAUAACGAUAACUUCCCCGAGCUCAACGGCGUGCCCAAGGUCUUCGUCUUCCAGACUUGCCGGGGCGACAACAACGACCUCGCCCCGCGCUCGCCGGAGCACAUGCCGCCCCCCGCACCUACGGCCCCUCCCGCAGCCCCUCGGCCCCCCUCAGGCACCGCGCACGACGGCGCGCAGGGCUACGUGGAUGAGGACCGGCCCGAUGCCAGCGUAGACCGUCUUCACUCUGACAUCCUCAUCGCACGACUGUCACGUCGAAAAGCUGUUCACGCUAGUAGACGAGCGGCUCAAGCUGCGCUUCGGGCCGCAAACCUCCUCAGUCGAUCGCUGGGGUUUCAACAAGCGCCUCUAUCUGCACCCCGGCCUCUACGAGGACUGACCAACACCUUACGAGUAUUACUCGGCCUCCUUCUACCUAUUGCCCAACGCGAUAAAGCGUUUAACGAACGUAGUCGGCAUAAAAUGUCUCCUGCGCGACUAUUUGCGUAGUUAUACGAGCAAUAUGCAUUAUCUGUGUAAUAUUAUACUUGCAAUAUUCUAUUUCAUCGGACGUUUCAGAUAGCCGUGGUUGUGUUCAAGUGUACAAAAAAAAUAAACUACGUUUUAUGUGACUACAAAGUAUGAAAUAAUAUUACAGGCCAACGCGUAUACUUGAUGUAUUAGUCAAUUAUGUGCCACUUUCAUAUUAAAAAGUACAUUAUUAGGUACGUAAUUCAAUUGUAUUAAAAUACACAAAUAGAAAUAUUCUGCAAUAUGUUCUCUAAACGACAUUCAUGUACUAUUUGUACAUUUAAUAAGUAUAUUUGAAGGUGUUUGAACGACUGUGAUAAAUGAACAAUGUGGUUUUGUUACCACACGUUGGAAGGUUAUGUGGGGUGUAGAUCGUUUUUUCUCUCUGACCUAUUUUAAAUGUUACAUAGAAAUCUUCCAAAUAUCUAUUAAGUACUUACAUAAUUUUAUCUUUAUAUAUUGUGCCCAUACGUCAUGUCAACGCAUUUAAUGUUUAAUUUAAUUAAGAAUCAAUAAAUAAUGUUAAGAGAAGAGUUUUUAUCUAACUUAUUGCUCAACAAUAAAGUAAGUUAAAAAUAAAGUAAAAUACGUGAAAUUAUUGGUAUUUGAUUUAUAUUUCAGUAAAACAUAUAUCACUAUUUGAAAUGUAGUACAGUCAACAGCACAUCGAACUACACACUUAUGUUCGAAUAUUGCCUCCAAUGCAACGGAACAAAAUCCGUCAACGUGUAGCUUGAUAUACUGCCGUCUGUACAUAAUAGUACGUAAACCGGCCCAUUCACUAUCUGCGUGGCAGUCCGCCGCGCAGGCAAGAAACUUCACGCACACUAUACUGCGUAUGGUCCACGAAUAUAAUCUCCCACGACUACAGAAAGGCUUGCACGCUGCAACUACAUUAAAAUCCUGCAUUACGCGGCGGACGGUAAGGCAGACUACAAUGCAAGAUAAUGAAUGCCCCCUUUUAAUCUACAAAGGGUCAACUUGACGUGCUCUUGACUCAUUCAUGAUAAAGAAUUUUGUCCUGUAUUGCAGUCCGCCGCGUAAUGCAGGAUUAUGAAUAUAUCCGCAGCGUGCAAGUCACCCUGCAAUGCGACUUGCGAGACUCCAAACGUGGGCCAUAUAGAGGAUAGCGAAUGGGCCGUUUUAGACCGUCGUUGUUAUCAUACACGACAUAGAUUUGAAUUUAUUCAAAAGUCAAGCUUGACGUACGCGUGACCCUGCACAAAUAUUCAUCGGGCAACAAUAUUGCACAAUAAUUAGUAAAUUUUUUUAACGUACACGCAUGAGCAUGUGCGUUAUUAAGGCUACGAAGCCUCGCACUACGGAAACCUUAGAGGAUGGAAAAAUAAAGGAACAAUAGUCUAAGAGGGAAACCCUGUAUCGCGGGUGACAUCAGGUGACAUGGACACACAUAGA